GAGAGAGAGAAGAUAGUUGCAAAACCGUUCUUUGUUUCCUUCUUUGCUACAACCGUUACAUCAAUCUUCAUUUACUUUUGGUCCUCCAGUUAGGGUUUGCUUCACCAUUUUAAUUCGGCCUAAUUCGUCAGAUCCUCGAUUAGAUUUGGGGCUUUUUGGAGAUAUUUCUGAGUGGUUCGACUGCUGUAAAAUCAGAUCUCGUUGAUUAACAAAAAUGGCGAUUGGGAAGAAAUGUGGUUCGAAUGUGACUAGGGCAGACGAAGGGUACGGAAUGGGGCUUGUGCGAAGUACUUCGUUCGGGAGGAAAAGAGUUUCUCUGUCAAAUCUAAGUAUUGAUUACGAGAACGAUGACAAUUGUAUGGCCGCCACCACACCUUCCCCUUCGAAGAGAAGAUGCUUUGAAGAUUCGUUUUUCUGUGCAGAAAAAGCUUCACUUGAGGACUUGCCUCAGGAAAUCCUGAUUCGGAUACUUUGUGGUGUGGAGCAUGAUGAUUUGAAAACUCUGUUUUUCGUAUCCAAGGCGAUAAGAGAAGCUACUUUGGUGGCAAAGCAAUCUCAUUUUGCUUUCAAUACACCGAGUAAGACGGUUGGUUUCCAGAGUGUCGACCAUUUUUGUGAAUUCGAUGAAAUCGAAGCGCCAAAUGCUCCGAAACAAUCGAGGGUUCUACGGUCAAGAUUGACUGCCAAGAAAUUGUCCGACAUUUCAGUUGCCCUGUUUGCUUCUUCUGGCGACGAGGAGAGCUGCUGGCCUAGGAGGGAUUUAUUCCUCGAUAUGGAGGAAUGAGCAAGAAUUUUGUAUAGCAUUGUUGUUGUUGUUGUUGUUGUGAAAAAUCGUUGGGUAUUUUUGUUGUACAUGUUGAGACAAUAGCGCCACAUGCCAGUUUUUUCUUCAACACUCUUCAUUGAAGACGAGUUGGCUUGUUCUGUAUCUUUGUUUGUACAUGUAGGGAGGAAGUAGGGGAGUGGUUGGUUAUAGAAAGGAUUCGAAUUUGGGCUGUCAUUCAUUCAGUUCGUUGUGAAUCCAAAGCGAUUGUGUAUGUAUACGAUAUAUGUUUCUGAGUUCUUGAUUAAAUUCAAUAAAAUGUUUUUCCUCGUGUA